GUAUCUUUUAUACGUUUCGUCAAGUUUGUUCAUUUCUCUCUCGCUCUCUCUCUCUCUCUCUCUAAAAAAGCUCUCUCGCUCUCGUUUAGAUCGGAGGCUAUCUUCGAGCUUCAUCAAUGGCUUCGAAGCGGAUCUUGAAGGAGCUCAAGGACCUCCAGAAAGACCCCCCUACUUCUUGCAGUGCUGGCCCUGUAGCUGAAGACAUGUUUCAUUGGCAAGCAACAAUAAUGGGUCCCACAGAUAGUCCUUAUGCAGGGGGAGUCUUUUUAGUUACUAUUCAUUUCCCUCCUGAUUAUCCUUUUAAACCUCCUAAGGUCGCAUUUAGGACCAAGGUUUUUCAUCCAAACAUUAACAGCAAUGGCAGCAUAUGCCUUGACAUUUUAAAAGAACAGUGGAGCCCUGCACUGACAAUAUCCAAGGUGUUACUCUCCAUCUGUUCCCUCUUGACGGACCCAAACCCGGAUGAUCCUUUGGUGCCAGAAAUUGCGCACAUGUAUAAGACAGACAGGGCCAAGUAUGAGACGACUGCUAGGAGCUGGACACAGAAGUAUGCGAUGGGCUAGUGUGCUUUGUUGCAUUAAGGACCUUGUCUUUCAAGUCCUUGUUAUGUAAAAAUGAGGUUCUAACUGACUAAUCUAUAUCUUAUACAUACAUAAAACAUGAAAGCGUGCAAGUGUGCUUUGCUGUCCUUUUCAUUUGCUUGACAAUCAUGUCCUACUCUGUUUUAAGGUGUUUACAUUUUUUUUUUUUGCUAGUAUAAUUAUUGUCAUGGCUGUUCUAAGUU